UUUGGAAAGAAUAAAUGUACUUCUUGAUAUAAGAGCAAAUAACAACCGGAGGAAAAACCAGUUGCGAACAGAAUUUCAGUGAGUCAACAACGAUAAUACGAUGAAGCCCACCAGAGGAAUUCUAACCAUUUUAUUCGUUUGUGCAUACCUAAGUUUCGCAAAUUGCUGCCACACAUUCAAAAAUACGGAAGCGGAAAUAAAGCCACAAAACGAGCAAGUCUACACCGACAAAAUCACCGGUUGUAUAGAACGAGCCAACGAUGCUUUCCAAGGUAAAACAAUUGAGCAUGUAGCAGUAAAGCAACAGAUGCUGCCUCAUAUCUUCAGAGAUUCCAUCAGGCAUUUGGUCAAACUCAAAUCCAUACGAUUCGAGAAAUGCGAGAUUGAAAGUAUCCAUCCAUAUACAUUCAGGAAUCUUCCGAGGGUCGUAGAGAUCGCCUUUACAGGAAACAACAUUUCCGAAAUAAAAGCAGAAACUUUUGCUAGAGAUAUGCCCGUCCAGAUAUUAAAUCUUAAUGAUAAUAAUAUUAAAAGCGUGGAAAACUUUCAGAACAUGCCAAAACUGAAAAGGCUGUUGAUAAAAAAUAAUAAAAUUUCAGCUAUAACCAAUAAUUGGUUCAUUAAUAGUACAAGUUUACAAGAGAUCGAUAUAUCCCACAACAAGCUUGAAAAUCUCACUGCCAACUGCUUUCAGUACACGAAGAAUCUUGUUAAAAUUGAUUUGAGCUAUAACGAUAUUAGUAAACUAUCAAAAAACACCUUUGAUAUAUUGAAAAAUAUCGAUUUUCUUAAUUUGAGAAACAAUAGAAUAUCUCAAAUUGAUGGAAACGCUUUUGUGAAUAACGCAGUUAUUAACCACUUGAAUCUGGGUGCGAAUAAAUUGAACUAUCUGCCCACCGCUCUAAUGGAUAACAUCAAAGUGAAGACGUUUACAAUAACUGGAAAUCCCAUGAGAUGUAACUGCAUUGAAUCGGUAACGAAAUGGUUGGAAAGGAUCGAAGGAGUCAUGGUGCCACUUCAAGGCUGUACGGAUUCCCGUUUGCCGUAUUGCGUUUUUCCCAAAAUUUUAUCACUUGAAUGCGAGGAAAACAUUGAUAAUGAAUCAGUUCAAAGAUACAUGGGAAUUAUUAAAGGCAAUAAGGAAUUACUUGCAUGUGCGAGUGACUUCUUUUAUUAAUUGUGUUAAUAUCAUUUUAUUAUUCUUUACAUAUGUCAUUAAUUUU